CUCUGGCAGCUCUGAGUCAUUCGACUUUUCAGCAGCGAUGCAAAGCGCUAUAGCUAACAAUGACGACACUGCUUCCUCCACGUAUGUUUCUAUUGCCGACAAGAGCGACGACGACCCGCAUCCAUAACUCGUCGAGGCGUCGCUACCUGCAGUCCCGGGGCGCGCAGAGGUUCCCUCUUACAGCACACCCGCGGAGUCUUUCGUAUCUCGGCAGGACACACCUGUCCCAGCUGCGGAACCCGAGUCUCACCGGGGCGACUCAGUGUCGCGACGACGCGACGGGACAUGGGACACUCGCGACUCUGCUCUGGGCGACUCUCACUUCGACUCUCUUGACGCAGCAGAGACCAUUAAGCUAUCAAGCUAGUGGAGGAUGCUGACCGGCUCCCUGUGUCUGAUGACGCGGGCAAGGCCUCUCAGGAGGAGCGUGAGGAGCGUGAGGGACUGCCAGCUAAGUCGCCUCUCCACUUGUCCUGUUGACAUCAUGCAGUGUUUGCUCGCAGCAGGGCGAAGUGGGCUCUCCACACGUGCAGUGAGCGGUAGUACGGUCCUACACCUAUUUGCAGGGCGGAUGUCAGCGCGAUGGCGCGUGACCCAGUCGCGGGCACGUCGCUGGAGAUUCGACAGUACAUUACUCGUACCUGCAGCCGGAAACUGGCCUAUUGCGGGUGAAGCGCUGCAGCAGAUGCACGCCUCGGACCCCGAGGAUCUCGUGGUCAAAUUGAGAUAUGCUGUGGACGAUUGCUGUGCACGCUUGACGGGCCACCUACGACCUCAUGGCAUUUUGGUCAUUGGCGGAUACAGGAGAGGGUAUUCGGAUGCUCGAGGACGCGAUCAAGUUAUCGCCGUCUACGACACUGCAAGGAGAGCGGCUUUUGUUCAAUUUAUUGAAGGUUUCCAGAAAGGUUAAUAAUGAGACAAAGUAUAUCAUACCAUCCGGUGGUGAA